AUGAAGCAAUUCUUCAUACUUUCGCUGGCGCUGGUCCCGUCAUGUUCCGUCGCAGCGCCGGCGAGUUACAAAGCACAAAUCCUUCGCACUUUGCCACAUGAGGGGGCUCCCUUUACCCAAGGGCUAGAGCUAGCUGGUCAGAGCAAACUGAUUGAAACGAGUGGGGCAUACCCAGCAGGAACAGAGUCCUUUAUUCGCAUGAUCGAUCUGAAGGACGGCUCAGUGCUGCAGACAACCAAGUCUGGAUUAUCAGGUCGCUUCGCAGAAGAUGUAGCACCUACUGCCGAUGGAUGGCUCGUUGCGACAUACCAUGGUCACAAGGCGGUUCGCUUCAAUGCAGACCUUUCCGUCGAUAGAGAGCUGGACUACCCCAUAGAGGAGGGUUGGGGACUCUGCCUUGACAAAACGAAAGGCCGAUACUUCGCAACCAACGGGACGGAGUUCUUGAUGGAAAUGGACUCUGAGACACUUGCGCUGAAUCGGGUGGCCCCUGUGAUGUGCAUGGGUUAUAAGGUCCCAGGCUUGAAUGAGCUUGAGUUUGUCCCUGACUUCGAUGGCAAGGGGCCGAUGGUCUUUGGAAACCUUUACAGGACCCGGUUCAUCCUCGGCAUCGACCCCUCAACGUUCGAAUGCACGUCCUUUUUCGAUUUGGAAGGCUUCGGAGAGCAAGACCCCGAAGAGCAGUAUGGGUUUCAUGUGGCUAACGGUAUUGCCUACUUGCCGGCUUCCAAGACUUUUCUUGUCACUGGCAAGAACUGGCAACACAUGUUUGAGGUUUCUGUUGAAGCAGCCGAUACUGGCAACAGGGACAAGCUUCAGGGGAAGCUGCAGCAGUUUGCGCAUCUGCAGACGGCUUCUUUACUGUCCACAGGAAUGCGCUCGCAGGUGCCAGUGCCGCCAGCAGACGCCCAGCCCAGAGUUCGAGGUAACGUCCGACGGGAGCUGAACGCCCUUGCGCCGGAUGCAAGCCACAGCCCUUGA